CACACAGUCCGUGACGCGCUCUGAGCAUUACGCGGUUGCCGCACUGUACUGUGUGUUGAGUCAGCGGUGACAAGGAGCGCAAGGGGGGAGGUGGAGGAGGAAAGAGCCGAUACUGAACUGACCACAGUAACCCGAGCCUCGGAACCCACACCGCUUUGCUGUGCCAGCUUUGGCCCGUUCUCCCCGUUCCAACACUCGCUGCCUCUUUAAGCCUCCCCGCUGCCAUCCUGCUGGGCCUUCAUUUGACAUCUCCUGUUCGGCCACGUAACGCAGAAGGGCCUCCGCUUAGUUUGCUUGUUGCGGGCCUGCCGAGCGGUGGAUGGCGGUAACACCCGGGGUCACCAUGUCCAAACACGAACAAAUCCUUAUUCUUGACCCGCCCAACGACCUCAAAUUCAAAGGUCCAUUUACAGAUGUGAUCACAACAAACCUAAAACUACGGAACCCAUCAGACAAAAAAGUAUGUUUUAAAGUCAAAACUACAGCUCCUCGACGUUAUUGCGUGAGACCAAAUAGUGGCACAAUUGACCCUGGAUCCACAGUCACAGUUUCAGUAAUGUUGCAACCAUUUGAUUAUGACCCAAAUGAAAAGAGUAAGCAUAAGUUUAUGGUGCAGACCAUUUUUGCUCCACCAACAAUAUCAGACAUGGAAGCUGUGUGGAAAGAGGCAAAACCCGAUGACCUUAUGGAUUCAAAGCUGAGAUGUGUAUUUGAAAUGCCUCAUGAACAAGAAAAGCCAACACACGAUGCAGCCAAACUGUAUUCAUGUCUUCCUGGAUCAAAAGGCAGUUCUUCCAUGGAUGACACUGAAACACGGAAGUUAAUGGAGGAAUGUAAGCGACUGCAGUCUGAGAUGAUCAAACUAUCAGAUGAAAACCAGCUUAUAAAAGAAGAAACUUUACGAAUGAGGAAGGCAUCGGAUAAAUCAGGCAAAAUGUUACGAGAUCAAGGCAUCCCUAUUCCAUCUCUUGUUGUCGUCAUUGCAGCAAUUUUCAUAGGAUUCUUUCUAGGAAAGUUCAUCUUGUAAAGCAUGCGAUGAGCAAUUUUUUCCCUCCUGGCCAGAAAGGCUCUUAUCUACCAAUACUUUUGGUAGAAUUGUUCUCCAGGCUGUUUUGUGUACAGAAUCACAUAGGCACCACCUUAACAAUCUCACAGUUGGGCAAACAGAAUUUAAAAGAAAAAAAAACUGUGGUUAUGGGACAAUAUUGUUCAUUCAUCAGCAGCAAGUGUCUGUCGUAUGUUCAAUUCUUUAUGGUGGGGAGGUGGAAAUAAUCUAAAAGUUUUUCCUGUGGUUUUAAUAUGUUCAAACAGAGUUAAAAAUGUCUUGUAAAUUAUUUUAAUCCUUUUAAAUUUUAUCUGUUACCUUUUGCAAUAUGAUUUCUGUAGAUUGCUAAUCUCAUUCAGGUAAAUGCCAGAAAUAUCUUGGGAUGCUGUCUCUUCAGUGUAAAUUCUGUCCUUUAAUUUCAAUAUAUUGCGGUUCCUAUUCUUCUUGCGAGGCAAUUGUGUGUUUUUGUUUUUUGUUUUGUUUUUUUAUUAUUUCCUUGGCAUAUCCCAUUAUAUUUAACAUAAAAAAAAUAAAAUCUGUAUAUACAAUAACUAUAUCGUCGUGAAGGAUAACCUUUUUCUAUCUGCUAUAGUUGAAAGGUUUUCGUGAAGUUAAAUGUUGCUGAUGGUGCCGAUUGAAAAUUGUGGCUUUCUGUUUAUUUAAGAAUGACUCUGCCUUCGGUGCAGUGAAAGCCUGUAAAGAUCACAUCAGUAUUAAAGGGGCAUUAUACUAACUUGUUUAAGAUGAGUUGAAUAAAUAGGACUUGGGCUGAA